AGAAUAAAGGGACAACAAAAAUAAACGCGUGCUAUGUGAAAAAAUAAUGAAAAAUUCAUUAAAGUUUUUAUAUUUCUGACUGUUUGGUGCAACCAAAUUAUAGUGUAUUAAGUAUAAUGCAAUUUGAACUUUGACACUUUCGAUUUGAAUCCGCUUUCACUUUUUGCCUAACUUUUUUCCAUAACCAAAAACGGCAACAAUAAGACGACGUAGUAUAAAAUACAUUGCCAAAGUGCAAAUAUCAUCUGACCCAACGAAGUAAACAAAAUCUCCGUGUCAAAAUGGCAACAAAGCGGCGUCCACUACGUCCAAAUGUUGGCACUGGUCAACCGAGCGGUUCCAAUAUGAACUUUCGACCUGGUGGUCCCGAUAUAACACGAGCUGAGGCGCGGGGCACACGUCCAACUGCGGCGCCCACCAGCAUACGAGAGAUUCUAGUCAUGGGAGUCAUACAUCUGUGCAAAAAGACAAUAUUUUUCAAUACCGACCUCAAAGUAGCUUUAUAUUUGGGAAGUUUAUUUAUUAUCUCGCUCAUAGGCGAUUUCUUGCCAUUUCCCAAGACAUAUUUUGCCCGCUCCGACAAUUUGUUCAACUUGUACUUUGUCAAAGUGGGCUGGGGCUGGACCCUUCUAUUCGCAGUGCCCUUUGCGGUGCUCUCCGCCUACAUAAUUACUUGCGGCGACAUGAAGCGCAUGUUGAGGCAUCACUUUCCACGCAUUGUGAUAGCAACGUUCUUCUGGUUCUUCUGGACAAAGCUCUUCAAUAUAGUAGAAACCUCAUAUGGUCGCUGCACCACCAAGGGCUUCCCGAGCAAAUCCAGUUGCCUGAAAGCCGGACAUUUAUGGCAGGGCUUUGACAUCUCUGGUCAUGCGUUUAUUUUAAUACACUCAAGUCUGGUGCUGAUCGAGGAGGCGCGUCCCAUCAUCAAGUGGGAGACCAUUAAAGAGCAUCUACGCAAUGAGUUGCACAAUCGAAGCGUAUCGGAGAAAUCAAGCAGCAAUCCGUUGCGCGGUCUGAACGACGAGCAAAUACGCAGUCUGCAGUUUCUCUACACGCGACUGACUCCCAUCAUUCGAACUUUGUUCAUUGGCAUGGCCGGUCUGCAGCUGCUAUGGGACAUAAUGUUAGUGGGCACAAUGCUUUACUAUCAUCGCAUGAUCGAGAAAGUCAUAAGCGGCAUUAUUGCCAUUUUGACGUGGUACUUUACGUAUCGCUUUUGGUAUCCAACUAAUGGAUUAUUGCCUGAGGCUCCCGGUAAUGGCCUUUUCUACUACCAGCGCGAGAACUUUCCUUUGAGGCGACCAACGCAUUUACACACCUGCACGCCAGCUAGCAGCAGUCAGUCGUCUGCCAGUGGCCAGAAAACAAACCCCAAUGGUAGUGGCAGACUGGGAACUUCGCCGUCGCAACAGCAGCAGCAGAUACCCACUUUCAUGGGCAUGCCAUUAUUCACGAAUGCUAAGGCAGCCACUGCAGCAGCCAGCAUGCUGCAAACAGAUCAGUUGAAGCGGGAACAGCAGCAAGCAGGCGUGGAAAGCUAAACCCAGGCUUAUAUGACCCAGCAACAGAAAACAGGAAUUGAAUUAUAUUGGGUAGGGAAAUCAUUUUAACCGGUAGUGGCUAGCGAAAUCUUUUGUACCAAAUAGAACUUAAAACCAAAUGAUUUUUAUAAACACGAAUGUACAAUGGUAUCAGUAAUUUUGAGGCUCGCACUUUACCGCGGUGCGCUGUUCAUAGUUCAUAGGGGUCUCGACGAUCCGCUCUCUCACUCAUUCUCUCUCGCUCACUGUUUCUGCCUUCCGCAUCUUGCUUGCAUUGUUACCAGGUA